UAGGGAGAUGGUGACAUUUUCAUUUGGUAUUUUAACCUACCCUAUUUGAGAAAGGUCCGGAAAAUUGUGCACCAUAAGAAACCCAAAACCUUAGUAUUGAGAUUGCUGGGGCAUAUCACAUAUCCUUUGUUGCGUCGAGAGAGUCAGGAAAGGGAGAAGGAAGAGAAAUGAGGCACUGGGGUCUAAUUUUCUUCGUGAUUCUGCUCAUUCAUGAACAGGGAAUUUUUCUCCAGGUGGAAGCAGAUGAUGGGUUCAUAAGAACCAAAGGAGUGCAAUUCUUGUUGAAUGGUAGCCCGUUUUAUGCAAAUGGCUUCAAUGCCUACUGGCUCAUGUACUUUGCAACAGACACUUCACAGAGAGACAAAGUGACAUCUGUUUUCCAAGAUGCUAAACAGCAUGGCCUUACACUGGCAAGAACUUGGGCUUUCAAUGAUGGUCAGGAUAGAGCUUUACAGGUCUCACCUGGCUACUACAAUGAACAAACUUUCCAGGGAUUGGAUUUUGUCAUUUCCGAAGCUAAGAAGAAUGGGAUUAAGCUGAUUUUGAGCUUGGUGAACAACUAUGAGAACUUUGGAGGGAGACAACAGUAUGUGAACUGGGCAUCCAGUCAAGGCCAGUCCAUAUCAUCUCUUGAUGAUUUCUAUACAAACUCUAUAGUGAAAGGAUACUACAAGAAUCAUAUCAAGACUGUUCUGACAAGACGUAACAGUAUCACCGGAGUUGUUUACAAAGAUGAGCCAACGAUAAUGGCUUGGGAGCUUAUGAAUGAACCCAGAUGUGCCUCAGAUCCAUCAGGAAGGACCAUUCAGGCUUGGAUUACAGAGAUGGCUUCUUACUUGAAAUCCAUAGACGGAAAUCACUUGUUAGAAGUUGGCUUGGAAGGGUUUUAUGGACCAUCUUCUUCUGAAAAGCAGCAAUCCAAUCCAAACUUUCUAGUAGGGACAGAUUUCAUUGCUAACAAUCAGAUACCUGACAUUGACUUUGCCACAGUUCACUCCUAUCCUGACCAAUGGUUACCUAAUUCAGGUGAAGAAAGCCAAGAAUCGUUUUUGAACAGUUGGCUCAACAAUCAUAUCCAAGAUUCACAGAACAUCCUUCGGAAGCCAGUUCUGUUUGCUGAAUUUGGAAAAUCAUUGAGAACGUCGAAUGAUAAUCAAAGGGACCGGCUGUUCAAUACAGUCUACUCGGCUAUUUAUUCAUCAGCCAGCAGCGGAGGUGCUGCUGCAGGUGGAAUGUUCUGGCAACUACUUGCUGAAGGAAUGGACUCAUUUCGAGAUGGGUAUGAGGUAGUCUUCAGCCAGAAUCCUUCGACCACUAGUGUCAUUGUUGAUCAGUCUCAAAAGCUCAAAUCGGAUUCGAAAGAUGUAUGCAAGGCUGAGGAACAUUGAGAAGUGGAAGAGAGCAAAAGAUAUCCGAAACAAUGGCAAUUAACCUAAAAGAUUGAGAAGCAAAUAGGUCAAGCUCGAGUGUUGACCGUAUUAAACUAUUUUUAUCUUUAUAAAGGCAAAAAACUAACGUACUCGGUUAAAGUUGUAAGGACUGAAUUCUCCGUUGGAGAUGAAUCAGCUCAUCCAAUAGCACUUAUUUUAGCGAAAAAGAAAAGGAAGCGAUUACACUUGAAUCAAAAUCAUCCCCUCCUCGACUACAGCAAUUUUAUUCCAGCUCAAGAUUAGUUCUGAUAUAUAGCCAACUGGGUUGAAGUGGAAAAGUCAGAAUAAACAGUGUAUUAUCAACCCCAUGGCUUGUGUUUUAAGCAAUGAACCUAUCCAUAUUGCUAAAUGGACUUCAUACCCUUCAAUUUAUUC